AUGUGCUCUUCUCUUUCCGUUUUCUUUUUCACGGCAUCUUUCGACGAAUCCCGGCUCAGCCCGGACUCCGGUUGCCUCGGACGCGCUGAAGGUGAGCCCGCUGGUCCACUCCCUCUGGGUCAGGCAACAGUCGAGCCUCGAGCGGCUGUCGCCUCGUGUGCAAUGGCAACAUGUGCCACCGCGCAAUCCGGUUCCGGCUGCCUUUACAUUCCGCCAAUCGUCUGUGGCCCCGACGCCUCCGGCGGUACAAUUAAGAAGUUCAGGCCAAACAGAUUUCGAAACCGAAACCCCAACAGUCUCACUGGUUCUGGUGAACCAUGUGAUCCUGUCAGUGAUUGUCGGCCUCAAGCCAAUGGCGCGGAGCUUGAUUGCGCUUUUUUUCUGCCUUCCAACGGCCAGAUCCAGUCCGUCAAGCCGGACUCAAUCGGUGAAGCUCGGAGUGCGCCGGUCAGAGCAGCUUCUCGUCUUCGGUUCGCCUGUUUGGGCAAUCUAAAACUGCUCUCGAAACCCAACGCCAACAUCGACUCACAAAGUAUGACCACUCUUUUGCCUUAA